AUGCUUCUACCAUCCCUCAUCCUCCCUCUCGUUCUUCUCCCUUUCACGAUCCUCGCUAAGCCACCUCGCAACUACCUUCUUCCCAACAGCGUCAUCUCUACCGUCCAAGUCGACACGAAUGUAGGAUGCGGAGCCUACGAUCGACCUUACAUUCCAUCUCAAAAUUCGACCACAUACGAAUGGUGGUAUUUCGACGCGGUCAGUGCGGACGGUCGAUCAUCCGUCGUACUCAUCCCUUUCUCAGGUCCGAUCGUAGGAACACACCAUCCUCAAUUCUUACUUCAAAUCGUCACUCCUGAAGGAGAGAUUUUCAAUCAACUCGUCGAAUACGGUCCGAAGAGUAUCAUGUACGUCUCGACCAAAGGGGAUGGAUCGAGUGGGGUAAUUGGAGAUGGGGAUUUUAUCUGGGUUGGGAAGCCGGAUUUGGGAAAAUAUGAUCUGAAAGUGGAUUUGGGGAGAUAUAACGUUAGUGGGACUGUUACUCUGAUUUCGGCCGCAGACCCUUUCGUACUCUGUGAUGAAAUCGGACCUGAAGCCAGUACAAGUAGUUUCUGGUUCUUAAAUUGGAUCAACCUCAUGGGUGACGCAGUAGCUGUAGUUGAUCUGCAAGUGGGUAAUGAGAGAGUAGCAUUCAUUGGAAAUGGUUAUCACGAUAAGAACUGGGGACCAGUCCAUUUCAACCAACAUAUUCACCAUUGGUAUUGGGGUCAUGGUCGAGCAGGUGAUUAUAGUGUAGUAUGGUACAAGAUGGUCACAUAUUUCGGAACGAUCAAAUCGGGUGCAUGGGUAUCUAAAGAUGGUCGAACGGUGGUUUCAGCCUGUGUAGCAGAUGAUUCGGUAGAUGUCGUACCAUUCGGUAAUAACGUUACGAUACCUCCUAAUCGACCUAACAAUACGGAUGAUAUCGAAGGAUUUAACAUUACCAUUAAUGGAGAAGGGAGAGAAGGUGACCUCUAUGUGUUCGUGUUUGAAGCGAAUGUCUGGACACCCGGUUAUGCGGGGACGUACGCCAGGUGGAUCGGGAAUUUCACUGGAGGGAAAGUAGGUGAAGAGUGGGGUAGCGGUGUGGGAGUUACAGAACAGAUGGGCCCUUUCGUUGGACCUUCUUGA